AUGGUGUUGUAUAUUAUCGGUUUGGGUUUAGGAAAUGAAAAAGAUAUAACAAUAAAAGGUAAGGAAUUAAUUGAAAAAUCAGAUGUAGUAUAUCUAGAAACAUAUACAUCUAUUUUAUUUGUAUCUAAAGAAGUAUUAGAAGAAACAUAUAAAAAGAAUAUAGAGGAGGUAGAUCGUGAUUUUGCAGAAGAAAAUUGUGAUAAAAUAUUAGAUGAAGCAAAAACUAAAAAGGUUUCUUUUCUUGUAGUUGGAGAUCCUUUAUGUGCUACCACUCAUCAUGAUAUAAUAUUAAGAGCAAAGAAAAAAAAUAUCCAAGUAAUAAUUAUACAUAAUACAUCUAUAAUAUCAGCUAUAGGAGAAUGUGGCAUGCAAUUAUAUAAUUUUGGUCAGAUAGUUUCCAUUCCAUAUUUUGAAGAUAACUAUAAACCUACUAGUUAUUAUGAUAAAAUUUAUAUAAACCUUAAAAAUAAUUUUCAUACUUUAUGUCUCUUAGAUAUUAAAGUAAAAGAAAGAACUGUAGAAAAUAUUAUGAGAAAUAAAAAAAUAUACGAGCCUCCAAGAUUUAUGACAGUUAAUGAAUCCAUUGAACAACUUUUAUAUUGUGAAGAUCUACAUAAAAAAAAUGUAAUAACAAAGAAUACAUUAGGAAUAGCUGUAAUACAAAUAGGAACAGAGAAUCAACAAAUUAUAUCUGGAGACUUAUUAACAUUAAAGGAUAUAUCAUAUAAUAAACCUUUACACUCUUUGAUUAUUUGUGCACCUACAUUACAUGAUAUAGAAAAGGAAUAUUUUGAUCUCUACUUGUAUAAUAAUAUGAAAAAAUAA